CACCAUUUACUACAGAGCCAUCUAUUGUCGGUCACUGAGCUCUGCUUUUUGCUUAUCAGUGCAGACCAGUCCUGGUCCUUCAUGGCUAUCAGUGGACACCUGUGUUGUUAUCUACGAUAUAUUUUUGAAGAAUUUGUUUGUGUGAAAUAAAAACAUACUUCCUGAUGACCUACAGAUACCAAAUUUUGAAUACACAAUCCUGCCACUGAAAUUAGGUGAAUGCACUAUUUUUUACACUGGAAUAUACUGAAGGAAAAAUUUUAAUACUUUUUAAUGAAGCAUUUCUCAAAAAACCCUAAAUUUUAUACUACUCGAUUACUUAAAGACACCAACUUUUGUAUGAACAUAUUUGCCUCUUAAGCUGAAUACACCACAUUUGGCACUGGAAUAUGCUUGGGGACAUGUUUAAAAAAUUUUAUUUGUGGGGGAGGUUUAGCAGAAAUUCUGAAUUAGUAUUUUAACUGUUGCUGUUCUCAACAGAUUUUUAACACUCAAUGAGAUCAAUAAUUCCAAAACAACAUAAUGCCCAAGAGAAGCAACUCUUUCUCAGAUUCAAGUUUACUAUGAUUCUACUCUACAAUGUCAUUGUACAAUAAAAUGAAUAAUGUUUGACAUUGAAAUCCUACACAUUUCAAACUAUUUUACUUCCCUUUUGCAAGCACAUUAAUAAAAAAUUAUAUUACAUAUAUUUAAUUUCUUGAACUUCCCUAGGAGUGUAAUCUACAUAAAAUGACUUGCCCUGGUCAAAGGCAGGCCUUGCCUACUAGUAUAAUAUAUACCAUGAAUCCAAGGACUAAUCCAUAAAGUCCAGAAGUAAUCGGGAUUAGACGAACAGAGGUUCCUCAAACUGCAGGGUUAAUGGGGGCUCUAUGGACUAGAUCCAAAUGUACACAAGCAGUGUGGCCUCUCAGGAUUCUGGGUACUUCUCUGUGUCCCUGGAAUCUGAGGGACCUCAGGCCCAUCUAAUCCAUAUUGUUUUUGGGAUCUGUGGAUCAGUCCUUGCAUUCAUGAUGUGUUUUUGUGUGUGUUUGAUCACACCAUGUGCUAUAGUAUAUGGUCAAAUACUGUAAAGUUGUUUGCAAACAAGAACUGCCUUGUGUAAGUGGCAGUCAUCUUUAAAAAAUAAUAAUUGUGUCAUGAUGUCAAUUGAUAGCAGUGGCAGAGAAGGCCCCUUGCUCCCAAGCCCCACAGGAGUCAUGGUCACAUGUGCUUUUAAAUAGCAGUGACUUCCUGCCCUGCCACUCCAGAGAGCUUCUGACCUCUUCCUCCCUAUUAAGUCACAUGACCAAGCUAUUCCUACUGGCCAUGUGCUGUAACUGCAGACUUUUCAGGACAGGAAAAGGAUUCAGAAAGCAGCAGGAAGCACACUCAAGCAAGCAAUCAUCACACGUGCCUGGGAGUCAAGAGGACUUCCACAAAGAUCAUUUCAUUUUUUGUACAAUUCAGCCUGUGGAUACUACGCUACAUCUGCACCUUCAGCCUCUUCUUCUUGGGAAUACAGGCCCCAGGGUUGCCCCGAAAACCCUACAUGCUGCUAAUUAAUGAGGAUGAGCGUGACGUGGAGCACAGACAGCCCCUGCUUCCAGGUCCCACAGAGAAUCGCUCCACCUGGAAGGACUGGGGCCGGAAGAUACGUCUCCUUGCAGGAUACAUGUGGCCAAAGGGGAACCAUCCCCUGCAAGGGUUGGUAAUAUUCUGCAUGACACUUAUGGGGCUGGAACGUGCCAUCAACGUCUAUGUGCCCAUCUUCUACAAGCACAUUGUGAACGAGCUCACGGAAGGGGCUCCUUGGCAUAUACUGCUCCGUACCAUCUGCAUCUACGUGACCUUCAAGUUUCUCCAGGGAGGAGGUGCUGGUUCUACUGGUUUUGUUAGCAACAUGCGCACCUUCUUCUGGAUCCGGGUACAACAGUUCACCAACCGUGAAAUCCAGGUGAACCUCUUCAGGCACCUCCACAACCUGUCACUUCGCUGGCACCUGGGGCGCAAGACGGGUGAGGUGUUGCGCAGUGUUGACAGGGGCACUAGCAGCGUCAACAAUCUGCUCAGCUACAUCGUAUUCAGCAUCUUCCCCACAAUUGCGGAUAUCAUCAUUGCUAUUGUGUAUUUCACUACCCAAUUCAGCGCCUGGUUCGGCCUCAUCAUCUUUGUCUGCAUGGCCCUUUAUCUCACUCUGACCAUUGGCAUUACUGAAUGGCGAACAAAAUUCCGUCGUGACAUGAAUACACGUGACAAUGAGGCCAAGUCUCGUGCUCUUGACUCACUUCUCAACUUUGAGACAGUGAAAUAUUACAAUGCUGAGAAUUAUGAGGCUACCCGUUUCAAUGACGCCAUCCUCAAGUACCAGGUCUCGGAAUGGCAUGCUAAUGCAUCGCUGGCAUUCUUGAACCAGACCCAGAACCUUGUGAUUGGCGGAGGGCUCCUGGCUGGCUCCCUGCUGUGUGCGGCUUUUGUGAACGAGAAGAAGCUCUAUGUAGGCGAUUAUGUUCUCUUUAGCACAUAUAUCAUCCAGCUAUACACCCCGCUGAACUGGUUUGGCACCUAUUACAGAAUGAUCCAGACCUCAUUUAUUGACAUGGAGAAUAUGUUUGAGCUCUUCAGUGAGGAGGAGGAGUUUAAGGAUGAACCAGGUGUUGCAGAACUUCGGUUGACAGAAGGACUUGUGGAGUUUGAAAAUGUCCAUUUCGGCUAUGUGGAAGGGAAGGAAGUUCUGCAUGAUAUUUCCUUCACGGUGAUGCCUGGGCACACCCUAGCACUGGUGGGACUCUCUGGCUCAGGAAAGACCACAAUUAUUCGCCUUCUGUUCCGCUUCUAUGAUGUGUGGGGAGGCUGCAUCCGGAUUGAUGGACAGGACAUCUCCAAGGUAAAGCAGUCCUCAGUGCGUGCCCACAUUGGUGUGGUGCCUCAGGAUACUGUUCUCUUCAAUGAUACCAUCCGCAACAACAUCCGCUAUGGACGUGUUGACGCCACCAAUGAAGAGGUGACAGAGGCAGCUGUGACUGCUGAAAUCCAUCAACGGAUCAUGAGCUUCCCUGAUGGUUAUGAAACACAAGUUGGUGAGCGAGGUCUGAAGCUCAGUGGUGGGGAGAAGCAGCGAGUUGCCAUUGCCCGGACCAUCUUGAAGAACCCCCAGAUCAUCCUCUUUGAUGAGGCGACAUCAUCACUGGACUCAAAGACGGAGAGGAAUAUCCAGGCAUCCCUGGCCAAGGUGUGUGCAAACCGCACCACCAUCGUUGUUGCUCACAGACUAUCCACAGUGGUCAAGGCUGAUCAAAUCCUAGUCCUCAAGGAUGGCCGAGUGAUAGAGCGAGGAAGGCAUGAGGACCUGAUGAAUAAGGGUGGCCUCUACACUGACAUGUGGAUGCAACAAGGAGCUGACAGGUCAGAUGCAGAGAGCAAACGCAGUGCUUAUUCAGAGCCAAGUAUCAAACGAGGUGCCCCUAAUGAGCUAGUCAAGCAAGCCAGCCAGCCAGGCUCUGCAAAGAACACUCUUAGCACUCUGCCGGUGGCAGCAAGUGCCAAAGAGAGCACUCUCCGCGCUGAGUCAGCAGCAAGUGCCAAAGAGAGCACUCUCCGCGCUGAGUCAGCAGCAAGUGGCAAAGAGAGCACUCUCCGUGCAGCAUCAGAGGCCAGUAGGAAGACCCACAGUGAUGUGUCAGAGACAGGUAGCAAGAGUAUCUAUGGUGACGUGUUGGAGACAGAUAAAGAGGGCGUCUAUGGCGACGUGUUGGAGACAGAUAAAGAGGGCGUCUAUGGCAACGUGUUGGAGAGAGGUAACGAGGGUGUCUAUGGCGACGUGUUGGAGACAGGUAACAAGAGCAUUUAUAGCAAUGUGUCAGAGAGAGGUAACAAGAGCGUCUAUAGUGAUGCAUCCAAGACAGCUAGCAAGAGUGCAUCUAGCGACGUGUCGAAGGCGGCUAGCAAGAGUGCAUCUAGCGACGUGUCGAAGGCGGCUAGCAAGAGCGCGUCUAGCGACGUGUCGAAGGCGUCUAGCAAGAGCGCGUCUAGCGACGUGUCGAAGGCGUCUAGCAAGAGCGCGUCUAGCGACGUGUCGAAGGUGUCUAGCAAGAGCGCGUCUAGCGACGUGUCGAAGGCGGCUAGCAAGAGCGCGUCUAGUGACGUGUCGAAGGCGGCUAGCAAGAGCACAUAUAGCGAUGUGUCGAAGGCGGCUAGCAAGAGCACAUAUAGCGAUGUGUCAGAGAAAAGUGCCAAGAGCAGCACCUCCACUGAAACACCAGAGACAAGUAGUGAACGGACCAGCAGCACUGCAUCACAGGAAGCCGACAGCGAUGUGUGAUAGCUAAGCAACAGGAAGAACUACUGAGCAGCCUAUAGAGAGAUAAAUAGCUUCUGCAAGAUGUAGUUUGGUGCCAAAGGGAUAGCUGCCACCUCGCCAUUAUAUUUGUGACUUUCUGUGGCAAAAUGGGAGAAGGCCAGGGCACACAGUACACCCAUCAAGUUAGGAAUGUGGUCAUGGAGAUCAAACUUGAAGAAUGCUGGACUUGCAAUUCCCAGCAUGCACUGCUCUUCAUCAGUGAGGUAGCUUUCAUGCUAGAGCAACCUAUGUUGGAACUGCUAUCCCCCAGGCUGCUGUCAGUGAUCCAGGAAACCUUGUUGCUUUGUGAUCUACUUAUACUGUCAGUAACUGGUGAUGGGCCAACUGGGACCAGGGCCCCAGGUCUGAAUGGCAUCCAGUGUCACUAUGCCCUACUGUUCACACUGGCAACUAGCUGUCUUUGCAAAGAUGAGCAUGGGGGAAAGAGGGUGUGUGUGUGUGUGUGUGUGUGUGUGUGUGUGUGUGUGUGUGUGUGUGUGUGUGUGUUACCAGUGAUUUGUAAAUAACUGCAGAUAAUGCCUGAAGAAUGGCUGUGUGUCUGUAGGUUCUGGUUUUGAGGUGUCUGUUUUAAUUUUCAUAAACUCUCAGUGUUUUUAGAUCCA